AUGACAUCAAUGGAGGAACUCAUUGAUCAACAAGAGGACACUGCUAUUUUAAUUCAGAAGGCACAAACAAACUUCAAGAAAGCGCCUAAGGCCAGAUUAACACUUGGUUAUUUAAAAGUACGAAUACAAUGUAUAGACGAGUACUGGGAUACAUUUAAAAACACGCACACAUCCUUGUUAAAAGCUACCAAAAGGGAAGAACGGGCAUGUUUACCGUACUUUAUGAAUGAAAGCUACAGCGAGUGUGAAGAUAAUUACCUAUCACUAAAAUCGGACAUGCAAGACUUGAUUAACAUAUUGACAAGUACGGAAACAUCGAACAUUUCAAUGACAAGCGAACAUUCUAGAAUUCAAGGAGCAGGAGUAUCAGUGGAUGUGAGGCUACCGAGGAUUGAUUUACCUAAGUUCUCCGGUAAUUACGAAGACUGGCAAUCGUUCGAGGACACAUUCUAUUCGCUCAUACAUAACAAUGCGGCGUUAAGUAGUGUUCAAAAGUUACAUUAUUUAAAGGCAUGCCUGACUGGUGAAGCCAGUGCUACAUUGAAGUACUACCAAGUCACAGAGAGUAACUACGCACCUGCUUUGGAAACAUUAAAAAAGCGCUACAGUCACAAGCGACUUAUAGUCAACACAAUCUUAAAACGUUUAUUUAUGCAGAGGAAAGUACAAGCACAGUCCCCAACUCAACUGAAGGUCUUCUUAGAUAUAACAAGAGAAUGUUUGAGCGGGUUGAAGAAUUUGAACAUAACAACAAGCACAUGGGAUCCAGUUUUGUUAUUCAUAUGUACACAGAAGCUGGAUACUGAAACUCAUAAGGAGUGGGAAGAGCAUGUCAGCUCAUCAUCAUCAUCAGCAAGCUUAGAUGAACUACCAACAUUCAAGGAGUUCUUGACGUUUCUCGAAGGCAGAAUUCACACUUUAGAACUCACCGUGGCAAUUCCAAAGCCGAUUAAAGAACGCACAUUCCACGUGGCAAGCACAGAAGAUAAAACAUGCGUAUUCUGUAAUAAAGAGAAUCACACGCUUUCACACUGCAGAGAGUUUGCUAAGCUGACACCCACAAACAGAAGUGAAUUUGUUAGAGACAAAGGAUUGUGCUACAACUGUCUGCUACCGGGGCACCCUGUAUUCUACUGCAAGCUGCAAACCUCAUGUCAAAUAUGCCGGAAACGCCAUCAUUCACUUCUACACGAACGAGUUAAACAAGAUGUCACUGGUAAUAAGGAACAAAUAAAUGCAACAGAGGCAGCCAGUUGUACACUGAUGUGGAGGAUGAAGAUAACAUUUUAG